CGACUCGUAGCGUUGCCUUGGCGGAUUCAGGGACGAUGGGCUCGUACGGCGGCGGGAAGAGGGAGGACAGCCGGUUCGCGUGGAACGUCUUCGACGGCGUCAAGGCCUUCCCUCCUCCUACGCCUGAAGCCCUCAUGGAUGACAUCGACGCCGCCAUCUCCGCCCUCGAAUACACCCGAUCUACCGCCGCUCUACUAGCCUCCUCUUCUUCCAAGGCGGAGGAGGAGGCGGCGCCAGAAUCCGAGAUUGAUCAGCCUCCUGGAACCUCUUCGGAGCCGGUCUACGACAAGCGGAUAGCGGACGAGGCGUACAAGGCGGCGUGCGCCGCCCUAGCCGCCGGGAAGCCCGACGCCGCCAUCAGGUCGCUUCACGUGGCUCUCGCCAGCUGUCCUCCGGAAAAGACCACGGCUCUCGCCAAACUCCGCUCCCUCCUCGACCUCGCCUCCUCUCAGCAGCAAAAGCAGAAACCACAGCAUUAGCAACAGCUUCAGAUGGAUGAUUUAUCAAUCUAGUUUCAAUAUCUUGUAGUUGAUGGCGAUCUUUUCAAAUUACAUGACCAGGGAUAUUUCUGUUGACAUCCUUCAUGAGGGUUCAACUGCCCACUUGCGUCGAUAUUGAUUCUGUAGGUUCAAAAAAAUUUUGAAACUGAAAUGUAGUCGAUUGUUGCCAUACGAACUGCAUGUAAUGCGGAUGCCAAGUUAUAAGAAGAUUCUGUUCACUUUUCA